AUGGUUCGGGCUGUUUUCGCAGGGCUUUGCCUGAUCGCGGCUGUGUUGGCAUCGCCAAUCGGUAAGGUAUUUCAUAUUUAUAAACAAUAUCUUUACAAAAACAUCUUGUAAAAGCAAUUUGCAUUGCUCAGACAUAAUUUUUUCAGAUUUCUGUUAAAUUAUAGGAACUCUAGGUAAAUUAUACCUUCUAAAAAUCAAUUUUUUCAGACACCAGAUUUGCUGAUAACGACCUCAACAUCCCAGACCCGGUAGAAGUUCCAAAGUCCAACAGCAAGGUGUACGAUGCCUACAACUACUUUGUUGAAACUUUGAAAGAAAGUGCUGGCUUAAAAUCAUCGCCAUGUGACAACUUCUACAACUACACAUGUCAAAACACCCCAGUCAACAACUACUUCGGCCCCAUCGACGCCGCUAACACCGAGUCUACUAUUCGUGGACUAAAAACUGAGAGAGUAAGCUUUUUAACCUUUCUUAUAAAUUUCGUAUUCAAAUUAAAAUUUUAUUCUUUGGCCUACUUUUACCACCUGCAUAUUUAAAAAAAUUUUAAAAAAUUAAAAAUAAUGCACUUUACCACAAUGAAAAUACAUGUGAUUCUUUUCCAGGAUCUGAAAUGGUACAAGACUAUCAAAAAAACCUUUGACCAAUGUGUCUCCAGACUCAGAACCCCAGGUGCUAUGCAUCAAAACGGCAAAACUUUGCAAAAGAUUUAUCAAAAGGUUGACACCGAAUUCGGCCCCAGCUUCCCAUUGUUUGACAAGACCUCAAACCUUAACGUUGACUCGAACAGCCUAGGAGAAUUCGUUGGAUACUUGGCCCAAAAGUUCAGACUUAACACUUUCUUGAGCUACACCAUCCAAGGAAACCAUCUAGUUUUGUCUGAACCUCAACUAGCCUUCCCAAACGUUUAUUUUGUCCACUCUUUUGACAUGUUUGAAGUUGAAUACAAGGCUUCGAUCAGAGACUACAUGACUCAAUUGGCUGAAGCUUUGAACGUUCAGUUAGAUGAAUCUGAACUGACUCAAACCAUCGACGAAGUUGUCAAUUUCGAAAAAGAGUUGGCCGAAGUUCUCAACACUGUUGAAGAAGAAACUCCAAUCACAUUGGAAGCUGCCGACCUUGCUACAGCUUCUUCAUCAAUCAACUUCAACGCCUUCUUCGCUAGAAUCUCAAAGAACUCCAAGAAAUCUAAUCUGUUUGCUUCCAAAGACUUUGAUAUUCAUGUUACAGCUCCAGCUCAACAAACGUUAGUCCAGAUGUUCAUCAGCCAAUCCAACCCCAAGACCGUUCUCAACUACCUGAACGUCAGAUUGGCCAGAAGCUUGAGACAAUACUACAUGAGAAAACCAAAAGAAUGCAAGGCUGACCAAUGGUUAAGAGAAGGCAAAGGAGUAAAGGCUUUUGGAUUUGCUCCCCCACUCCCACAAGAUGAUGUUUACCCUACUUCCUCUGAUGCCGAGAAGAGAUGCAUGAGCAAUGUGGCUUACUACUACAGACAAGGUGUCGAUAGAAUCUACUUGGACGACCAACUGCCCGAUCUUAAGGAAAGAAAGGAAUUUGUUGCCAGAAUUGGAGAAAUCACGACUAACAUCAUCACCGGAUUCAGAGUACGUUUAGGAUUGUAUCUUGUGUUACAAAAAAAAUUAAUACCUAGAAAAUAAAGAAAAUAAUCCUUUUUAUAACUAAUAUUUCAGUACCAAAUCGAUAAGCUCUCCUGGUUCAGCCCAGCCACCAAAGCCGCCGCUUACAAAAAGAUUGACGCCAUGUUGUACAACAUUGUCUACGACGACUGGAUUGAAAAUGACGAUCUCCUCAACGACAUCUACAACGUCGUGGAAAACAACCCAGAAGACGAUCACUUCACGGCUACUGAUAAGAUGAACGACUUUGCCCAAACAUUGGAAUGGGAAGGUCUCCACGAUUCCGACCGUCGUCACGCUAACUUCUCCCAAUCCAUCAGAACCGUCAACGCCUGGUAUAUGCCAGCCUUGAACCACUUCUACAUUCCUCUCGGUAUCUUGCAACGUCCCUUCUUCGAUAUCAACUACCCCGCCGCUUUGCAAUACAGUGCUGUCGGCUACGUUGUUGGCCACGAAUUCACACACGGAUUCGACUCUAACGGUGUCAACUACGACGACCAAGGCAACCGCAACCCAUGGAUGGACAACGCUUCCAAGAAAAGUUUCAACGAUAUGGCCACCUGUGUUAUUAAUGAGUACAACAAACUGCACGGCAGAGGUAGGAAUACCCAAACUGAAGACAUUGCUGACAACGGUGGAAUCCGUGCCGCCUACAACGCCUUCAAAUCCGAACAAGGCCUCAACGGACAGGACCCACAACUGCCAGGUGCGCCACUCAACCACUUAAGCCAAGACCAACUCUUCUUCACCGGCUUUGCUCAUGUGUGGUGCUCAAACAAACCCAAGACUGACUACCAAUGGGACCCUCACUCCGCAUUGCUGUACCGUGUAUGGGGUACCCUCCAGAACUUCCCGGCCUUCCAGACCGCUUACAACUGUCCAGUUGGAUCAGUCUAUGCUCCAAAAGAACAUUGUAACGUUUGGGCUUGA